GGCGCGGGCCGCUGGCUGGUUUGCUCAGCGCCAAGCGAGCCGCGGGAAGGGCACCUUGGGGUAAAGCGGCAGGGGACGGUGACCAGCUGCCCUUCGUUGUCAGUCAGGGACGAGGACCCGGCGACGCUCCCAGGCGGCUGCCCGCGAUCACCCGGCCGCCGACAUGUCAGCCGCCGGCGCCCGAGGCCUGCGGGCCUCCUACCACCGGCUCCUGGAUAAGGUGGAGCUGAUGCUGCCCAAGAAGCUGAGGCCGUUGUACAACCACCCGGCAGGUCCCCGAACAGUUUUCUUCUGGGCCCCGAUUAUGAAAUGGGGGCUGGUGUGUGCUGGCCUGGCUGACAUGGCUAGACCUGCUGAAAAACUAAGCACAGCUCAGUCUGCUGUUUUGAUGGCUACAGGCUUUAUUUGGUCAAGAUACUCUCUUGUAAUUAUCCCCCAAAAUUGGAGUCUGUUUGCAGUUAAUUUCUUUGUGGGAGCAGCAGGUGCCUCUCAGCUCUUCCGCAUAUGGAGAUAUAACCAAGAACUAAAAGCAAAAGAAAACCAGUAAAAGAGUUCCUGACCAGCUGAGCAGCCUAGAUGUGGACAUAAGCGCUGGGACCUAUUUGAUUAUUGAUAAGGCAUUGCUAAUUGUGCUAUAUUUGAGAU